ACCUCCAGUCCAGCAGCUGCAGCCAUGGCCCUCUGCGCGAAGCCCGUCGCCCUGGCGCUGAUCGUCGCAGCCCUGCUCGCGGCCGUGCACGCCGACACGGCGUGCCAGCGCGCCCGGGUGCGCGACCAGCGCAACAGCAACCCGUACGUGAUCCACGAGUGCGACUCGGCGGGCAACUACGUGUCCAAGCAGAAGACGGUGGGGACGCCGCACUGG